AUGUUUGCAGUUUUAGUGAAAUAUAUUGCAGGUAUUUUAGGCGUGCUUAGAACUAAUUAUAGCGAUAAAGCAGUUAGGGAAGGUCUAGUAGAGUGCGAUAAAGCUUCACGUAGGAUUAGGGAUUCUAUGCGCGGAUCUUGGUCUAUAGGUGAAAAACAACAUCUUGAGGCUUGCUUACGUAAUAUUAAGUCGAUGCGUAAACAUUUUAAAUUAGAACAAAAGAGGGGUCAUGGCUUAGCAUCGAAUAAAGGAACCUCCACUUCGGCUUUUAGUAAUAGAAAAGAAACCGCAAAACAUCGCGUUCAUUGGGAUGAUUCCAGUUCGGCGUUUAGAAAUAGAAUACGAACUGGAGUUAUCACUAAUCUUAAACAUAAAGACCCCGGCAACUUCUUAAUGGACUGUAAGACAAUCUUCAAAAGCCGAAUUCAUAACGCGUUGAAGCAAGAUGAGGCUGUGAAAGUAAAUGCGAUUUUUUGCGGGGAAUUUGCGAUUACUCAAGGUGAAAAGAUGCUUAAUGAGUAUAAGUACUUUACAACAUCAAAUGCGGCAAUAUAUAGGGGUACUGAUAUAGAAGAGUGGUUUAAGGAGAAUGUUGAGAAACCGAUAAUGACCAAAUUAUCGGAGUUCCAAGACCGUGACAGCGGUUGGGCCCUUAAGGCUGUUAUCAAUUUAGGGGUUAAUAUUAACAAAUUCACACCUCAACUUGGCUCUUCAUAUAUUCAGCUACCUUCACAAAUUCAAUCAAAAAAGUCAUGCGUUAACGUUAAGAAUGAUGAUGAUGCCUGUUUUGCGUGGGCGGUGGUUCCGGCGUUGUAUCCUGUUGAUAAAAAUCCCCACAGAAUGUCUAAAUACCCUCACUACUCUUCCGUGCUCAAGCUUAAAGGGAUCCAGUUUCCGAUGACUAUGCGACAAAUUCCGAACUUUGAAAAACAAAACAACAUCUCCAUUAACGUGUAUAUUCUGAAGCAGGAGAAAAAAGACCAGUUUAAUACGUUGCCUACCUACCUAACGAAGGAAAAGAGGGAUAAACAUGUGAACCUGCUUUUAGUGCAAGACUGCUACGAACAAUCGGUCAAGUUCCAUUAUGUUUGGAUAAAAAAUCUUUCACGGCUAGUAUCGAAGCAGUUAAGCAAAGAAAAAAGGCAAAAGUAUAUUUGCGAUAGAUGUUUACAUUUUUACCGUUCUGAAGAUAAAUUACAUAAGCAUACUAAGGAUUGCAUACAAAAGAAUGAUACAGCCAUCAAGAUGCCUACAGAGGAAAAAAAGAUGUUGAAGUUUAAAAAUUUUAAAAAUAAAAUAAAAGCCCCCUUUGUCGUAUAUGCAGAUCUCGAGAGCGUUCUGAAACCUAGCGAGAAGAAGACCGCCUACCAACAGCAUAUUCCAGCAGCUGUAGGAUACUACCUCAAAUGUUCAUAUGACGAAUCUCUUUCGUUUUAUAACAGCUACCGCGGUGAGGACAGUAUGCGAUGGUUUGCUGAUGAGAUGAAUAAGCUUGCGGAAGAUGUAUCUACAGUGUUUCUUUGUCCCUACAAGAUGCAUAUGACUCCACAGCAGGAGCUUGAAUUUCAAGCAGCAACGGAGUGCCAUAUUUGCGAACAGUCAUUUAAAUCUGGACAAAAGAAAGUUCGUGAUCACAAUCAUCUUAUCCCGGUGAACAACUUCCGCGGAGCUGCAUGUGAGGGAUGCAACGUCAACUAUCAGGAUACUCAUACAAUCCCGGUGGUGUUCCACAACUUGAGUGGAUAUGAUGCUCACUUUGUUGUAGCAGAUAUUGCUACUAGAAUGGAUGGCAAAAUUGACUUGCUCCCUAUAACCAAGGAGAAAUAUAUCUCUUUCACCAAACAUAUCGAUGAGUCACGUGUCUCCUUUAGGUUUAUCGAUAGCUUCCGGUUCAUGGCGUCGGGGCUAGAUAAACUAUCGUCAGCACUGACAGAAUUUCCCAAUCUCAAGGCGCAAUUCUCUACACUACCUGCGGAUCAAUUUAAUCUUUUAACUAAAAAAGGAGUCAUGCCGUAUGAUUACCUCGACUCGUUUGACCGCUUCGAAGAGCCAACUCUACCUCCUCAAGAUGACUUCUACAAUAAGCUAGAAGAUAAGCCCUGUCCCAGAAAAAUGUAUCGUAGAGCUCAGGAGGUGUGGGACAGAUUUAACUGCAGCAACUUGGGUCAAUAUGUAGACUUGUACAUGAAGACAGAUAUUCUACUCCUUGCAGAUGUCUUUGAACAGUUUAGAUCAAGCUGUAUUAGCACUUAUGAUUUAGAUCCGGCCCACUAUUUUACACUACCAGGCUUUACUUGGGAUGCCAUGUUGAAAUACACGCGACAAGAGCUGGAACUCCUUACCGACCAGGAUAUGUUCCUCUUUGUCGAGCGGGGUAUUCGUGGAGGGUUAAGUCAAGUCUGCUCUAAAAGAAGAGCUCAUGCAAACAACAAAUAUAUGCCCAAAUAUGAUUCAACGAAACCGGAUGUCUAUCUAAUGUACAACGAUAUCAAUAACCAGUAUGGAUGGAGUAUGAGUCAAUAUCUUCCAUAUGGAGGCUUUGAAUGGGUAGACUCCAACAUCGAUAUCACUACGAUUCCGGAUGAUGCAGAUGAAGGCUACAUUCUAGAAGUUGAUUUGGAGUAUCCACAGCAUUUGCAUGACGCUCACACUCUUUACCGUUCUGUGCAUUAUACAUCAACCCGAAGACUAUGA